CCGCUCCCAUUCCUGCAGCUUUAUAUACCCCUCUAUUGACCCCCCUGGUUCGCUCGUUGAUCCUGGACAACCUCUAGAAGCUAUAGAAAGCUAUACAGAUUAUAGAUAGACAGGCAUCCCCACUCAGCAAAAUGGUAGAGACAGGUCUUCCGGCAGGAUGGGAGGUUCGCCACUCCAACUCCAAAAACCUCCCUUAUUACUUCAACCCCAUGACGAAGGAGUCUCGUUGGGAGCCGCCGGCGGACACCGACACCGAAAAGCUCAAGUACUACAUGGCAAACUACCACAGCGGCCCGGCCGGACGCCCCGAUGGAAAUGGUCAAAGUGAGGGCAAGAUCCGCUGCAGCCACCUUCUCGUCAAGCACCGGGAUAGCAGACGGCCCAGCAGCUGGAGGGAAGCGGAGAUCACUCGGUCGAAGGAGGAGGCCAUCGAGAUUCUCCGGGCCCACGAGGCGCGCAUCAAUGUGGGUGAGGCCAGCUUGGGAGACAUUGCUGUAUCAGAGUCGGACUGCAGCAGUGCCAGGAAACGAGGAGACCUGGGCUUCUUUGGACGGGGUGAAAUGCAGAAAGAAUUUGAGGACGCGGCCUUUGCACUGCAGCCUGGCCAGGUCAGUAGUAUUGUUGAAACUGCCUCGGGAGUCCAUCUCAUCGAACGUGUGCAGUAAAUCUCAGAGUCACCUAUUUAUUACGAGUGUAUCUACUUGGAAGAAAUAGCUACCUAAGUUUGCUAUCCUUGCUACAUGAGGAAUCAUAUUCUCGAGCUCCCAUCAACCUACUAGCUUCGAUGACAGUAGGUAGCUUGUCUGACCCUUGUAUAUAUUCUAGGCCCUUUGGAAGAAUGUGAC